AUGCUCGAGGACGGGAGAGGCGCCGACGUCACGUUCCUCGUGGGUAGCCAGGAGUUCCGCGGGCACAGGUCCUUUCUGGCCGCGCGGUCGCCGGUCUUCGGAGCUCAGUUCUAUGGCCCCAUGGCGGAGAAGGACGACAUGCCGCGCGUCAAGGUCAUCGACGUUGAGCCGGACAUCUUCCAGAUGAUGCUUCACUACAUCUACAAAGACUCGCUGCCGCUGCCACCCGCCGACGACGAAGGAGGCUACAGCGUCGCGGCGAUGCAGCACCUGAUGGUCGCGGCAGACAUGUAUGGGCUGGAGAGGCUGAAGCUCAUGUGUGAAGAUGAGCUGUGCAAAAUUAUGGAUGCAUCGACCGUUAUGAGCACGUACGCGCUCGCGAAUCAGCACCACUGUAAUCGACUCAAGGAUGCGUGCGUGGAAUUUAUGUCGUCCAAAGAAGUGUUGGCCGCCAUCCUCGAGACCAAUGAGCACUUCAUGACACGUUGCCGACCACUGCCACUGGAGGGGAAUCAUGAAGAGGAAGAAGUUGACCACAGCAGGAAAUUCAAAAGGACUCGUACAAAAUAG